AUGAACCAAGGUUUUCUGCACGCAGUGUACGGCCUUACGUUAAUCCGCGAAACUGUUGAUCCAGAAACCUGCCCGAAAGGUAAGGUUGAACUGAAGCUUCCCGCCCCGUCAUGUACCUUUUUGAAGGUUCAGUACGUCAAGCCACCGAUCUGUGGACGAAGAAGAUGCGCCAUACCAAGAGGGCAUUUCUUGGAGGACCUUCUUUUCACUAGCGGGAAUAUUUUGACCAAACGACCCGAGUCGAAAGUGCAAUGUCUCAAUGCUGGCUGCGAUUUUACCCUGUUUCUUUGGAAGUUGGAUUACAUAUCGCCAAGGGGUAUUGGAAUGCUCAUCGGAGGAAUACAUCUCCAAACUCUUGGAAGGUUUGGCUCGAGGCUUGGUUCCGAAAUUGAAGACAAGUCAACCGCGCACUGA